AUGUGCGUGCUUUUCCCAACAGGGCAUUUCUCGCCUAGUAGUGUAUCUGUUCAUAUCUAUCACUGUCGAUUUCUAUAUCUAUCUAUCUAUCUAUCUAUCUAUCUAUCUAUCUACUUAAUCUGUUCAUAUCUAUCUAUCUAUCUAUCUAUCUAUCUAUCUAUCUAUCUAUCUAUCUAUCUAUCUAUCUAUCUAUCUAUCCCAGUCUGUUCAUUAUCUAUCUAUCUAUCUAUCCUAGUCUGUUCAUAUCUAUUUCUCUAUCCCAGUCUGUUCAUAUCUAUCUAUCUAUCUAUCUAUCUAUCUAUCUAUCUAUCUAUCUAUCUAUCUAUCUAUCUAUCUAUCUAUCCCAGUCUGUUCAUUAUCUAUCUAUCUAUCUAUCCUAGUCUGUUCAUAUCUAUUUCUCUAUCCCAGUCUGUUCAUAUCUAUCUAUCUAUCUAUCUAUCUAUCUAUCUAUCUAUCUAUCUAUCUAUCUAUCUAUCUAUCCCAGUCUGUUCAUUAUCUAUCUAUCUAUCUAUCCUAGUCUGUUCAUAUCUAUUUCUCUAUCCCACUCUGUUCAUAUCUAUCUAUCUAUCUAUCUAUCCCAGUCUGUUCAUUAUCUAUCUAUCUAUCUAUCCUAGUCUGUUCAUAUCUAUUUCUUUUUUCCCAGUCUGUUCAUCUAUCUAUCUAUCUAUCUAUCUAUCUAUCUAUCUAUCUAUCUAUCUAUCUAUCUAUCUAUCCCAGUUAUCUAUCUAUCUAUCUAUCUAUCCUAGUCUGUUCAUAUCUAUUUCUUUUUCCCAGUCUGUUCAUAUCUAUCUAUCUAUCUAUCUAUCUAUCUAUCUAUCUAUCUAUCUAUCUAUCUAUCUAUCCCAGUCUUCUGUUCAUAUCUAUCUAUCUAUCUAUCUAUCUAUCUAUCUAUCUAUCUAUCUAUCUAUCUAUCUCAGUCUGUUCAUUAUCUAUCUAUCUAUCCUAGUCUGUUCAUAUGUAUACUUCCCAGUCUAUCUAUCUAUCUAUCUAUCUAUCUAUCUAUCUAUCUAUCUAUCUAUCUAUCUAUAUCAGAUGUUUAAAUGUCUGUGUCAUUCUUUAAAUUUUAUUCUUAUAUUCUCUCUCUCUCUCUCUCUCUCUCUCUCUCUCUCUCUCUCUCUGUCUCUUGUCUCCCGUUCGUAUCUAUCGAAAUCUGCUAAUAUCUAUCUAUCUAUCUAUCUAUCUAUCUAUCUAUCUAUCUAUCUAUCUAUCUAUCUAUAUAUAUAUAUAUAUAUAUAUAUAUAUAUAUAUAUAUAUAUAUUUCUUUCUUUUUUCGUUGAAAUUUCUUUCUUUCUUUCUUUCUGCUUUUCUCAGUUUUCUUUCUUUCUUUCCUCAGUCUUUUUUCUUUCUUUCCCUCUCUUUUUCUCUUUCUUUCUUUCUAUUUUUCAGCUUUCUUUUCGUUGUUGCUUUCACCCUUCUUUCUUUCUUUCUUUCUUUUUUUCUUGCUUGCUUGCUUCCUUUCAUUCUUUCACCUUUCUCUCGUUUUGUUUCUUCCUUUCUUACCCCUCUUACCUUUUUUCCUCUUUAUUUUUCAUUUCUGUCUCUCUGUCUUUCUUCCUUCUUUUCUUCCUUCCUUCCUUUAUUUCUUUCUUUCUUUUUUUUUUUGCUUGCUUUCUUUUUUACCCUUUCUUUUUUAAUUCUCUCUUCUUCUUUCGCUGUUCUUUUUUUUAUUUCUGUCUGUUUUUCUUUCUUUCUUUCAUUUUCCUAUGUUCUUUCUUUCUUUCUGAUUUUUCACCUUUCUUCCAUUGUUUUUUUCACGCUUAUUUCUUCUUUCUUUCUCUAUUUCCCCUCUGCUUUUUCUUUCCUUUGUCUUUUUCUUUCUUUCUUUCACCAUUCUUUCUUCCUUUCUUCCUUUAUUUCUCUCCGUUAUUCUUUAUACAAUUCUCAUAUCAAGGAAGCCGUCAUAAUUUCAUUUUUUCUUCAUUGUUUUCUUUUACAGUUUACUUUCCUUUUCUCCUUUUAAUUAUUAAUUUUUAUUGCUUUCAUAGUUCUUCUAUUUACUCUCCUCCUCCUCUGUUUCUUCUUCUUCUUCUUCUUCUUUAUUUCUUUAAAUAA